AUCAAUAUAUGUCGGUGGUUUGCAAGGUGUAGGCUUAUUAUAGAUGUGCUCUAAUGUUUCUCAACAGACAAUUCCAGUUACCAAGGUACAAAAAGCAAUUCAAGUCGAGUUGAUGAUGUGUGCUGCAUUUACUUCGUCGUUUUUCAUCACUUCUUGUCAUUCAUUUCCUUUGGAAAAAUGUGAUACACUUUGUCAGGUCUAAUCAAGAAAAUAUGCAUCUUCAUUUCGAACGCACCGUGAAUGCCAAAAGCGAUUGUUCCAUAUUAUCACUCACCUGGAUGGGGAAAGUUCCCGAUGAAUUACCCGAGGACGAAGGUUGGAAACUCAAUAGAACAAAUUAUUACCAGGAGGGAUGGUUGGCAACUGGAAACGUUCGUGGCAUUGUCGGCGUUACAUUUACCACUAGUCAUUGUAAAAAGAAUGUUGACUUUCCUCCACGUACUAACUACAAUUUAAGAGGACACCGUUCAGAGGUAAUUCUAGUAAAGUGGAAUGAACCUUACCAAAAAUUAGCAUCCUGUGAUAGUUCCGGUAUUAUAUUUGUAUGGAUUAAGUAUGAGGGGAGGUGGUCAAUCGAAUUAAUAAAUGAUCGCAGCACACCUGUUACUCAUUUUUCGUGGUCUCAUGAUGGGCGAAUGGCACUAAUUUGUUACCAGGAUGGAUUUGUUUUGGUUGGUUCAGUCGCGGGUCAACGAUAUUGGUCUUCAAUGUUAAACUUAGAAGCAACUAUUACAUGUGGUAUUUGGACUCCGGAUGAUCAGCAAGUGUAUUUUGGAACCACGUCAGGCCAAAUAAUUGUGAUGGAUGUGCAUGGUGCCAUGGUGUCACAAGUGCAACUGAGCGCAGAUGUGGGAAUAUCAUCUAUGGCAUGGUCUUGCGAGAAAUUUAAAAUGGAAGAAGGCGACGACAAUGAUCCCGGUGUUACCAAUGCCGGUACGAACACAUUCCAUAAACUGUUUAGAUACCGUUUAAUUCCAGCCGAACGAAGAUUUGUGCUUGCUGUUUCUUUACAAAAUGGUUACAUAUUCCUUUUAAAAACCUUUGACGAUGUGUCACCUAUUCACGUGGAUACGGAAUUGCAAGCACCUCUUUGCAUGGAAUGGAGUAAUUCCAGAGAAAUUCUGGCGGUAGCAGGCACCGCCAGAAAACAAGCAAACAUUAAUGAAACAAUUAGUAUGCUAAAAUUUUAUAAUGAAAAAGGCGUAUUGUUAUACGACGCCGUCGUACCAUUUACACAAACUACCGUAUCCGCGUUAACAUGGGGCCACAACGAUAAAAGAUUAUUUUUGGCAACAGGAACCCAAAUCCACAUUGCUUGGGUUUCAAGAAGAAUAGCAACUUUACAGCUACUAUGCAGAUUAUGUAUUCAUAAUUCAGUUUGCCAUGAAUCGCAACUUCCAGCCUUACCUUUACCAGCACGAAUUAGAAGUUUGAUUGCAAACCUUUUUGCCCAAACCAUACGAUGCUGUGUGCCUGAAGCAAGUGCUUUAAGAGAUUUUGUAUCUAAACCUCCAGUGGGGUCGGUUCGCUUACAUUGUACAAUGAUAAGACACGAUGAAGAUAACAAUUUAUCAUCAGGAACAUGUUACACAUUAUAUUUGGAAUAUUUAGGAGGGCUGGUACCACUUUUAAAAGGUAAACGGACAAGUAAAAUUCGACCUGAGUUUGUAAUAUUCGAUCCACAAGUUGAAGACUUUGGUAUACAGUUGCGAUGGUCUCCAGAAUCGAAAAGUUCAGGGUCCUCUGUUCAGUCUACUAACGGUAGUGGGGUUUUGACGGAAUCUUCGGAUAGUGAUAGGGAAGAGGGGUGUGCGGGGUCUCCACGAAUGCAAAGACGGCGUAAACGCCGGAAUAAGUCGCAACCUCGGGCAAGUCAACAAGAGAAACCGCAAACACAUGUAUCAAAUGAGGCCGACGGAGAUGACUUAGCUUACGUAGAUACCCUACCAGAGCAUGUCAGAUUAGUGGAAGUUACGUCCAACAUAUGGGGGACUAAAUUCAAGAUUCACGGUUUAGUGAAUUCCGUGCCUGCCAAUCUGGGUCAAGUAACUUAUAAAACCUCCCUAUUGCAUUUGCAACCCAGGCAAAUGACUCUUGUAAUGACGGAGCUGCGAGAUGACUUCCCAACUGGUCCCGAUCCUACUUUUAAUCCGAACAUAUUCUCUGAAGAUGAAGAAGAACCCAACAAUGCUGAAGAAUGUGCUAAACUGCGCCGUACAUCAUUAGAUCAUAGUCCGCCCAUAGCUCCAAUGUCACCGCGACCAAGGUUAAACAAACCAAAAUUGCAGACUAUGGCUCCAGAAGUGAGCAUAGCAACAAUUGCGCCAGUUCCGGCGCUUGCACGUACAGAAUCAUACGACGAUGAAACUUUAUUUCAUAUCGGUGAAAUAGUCGGAUACUGCGAAAAUGUUCGCCCCCAAUGCUCUUACGGAAGUAGUCAGGGAACGGCAAGAGCGUGUAACACCCUACAGAAUACCAAUUUUAUAACGCAAUAUGGGAGAACAAAUGCAGGUAACUCUACCAAUCAGAGACACGCAAUAUCUCCUUUGUGCUGUGAGGGAUCCGUCCCAGCUUUGCAAUCACCUAAGAACGCCGUUGCACCAAGUGACAUUAUUUUCGAUAGACCACCAGCGCAAACUUUACUGUCUUAUUCAACGGCCAAUUACACCAACACUUCAAACAAUAUUCAACAAGUCAAGUCUAGUAUUAUUAACGACCACGGGCGCAACGGAAUGGCCGUCAAUUUAAAUUUAGCAAGCGAUCAUCGUAAGCCCAUAGUAGUUAAAAAGGAUGGCAUGGAAUCUGCCCCCAAAAUAUGCCACCAGAAUGACAAUACAAAUUUUCUAACUACUUUAAGUAUGAAUCUUAGAAGUAGUACUUGUGAAGGGAUAAAUAAUACUGUAGUGAAAACCGAAAUUGUUUCGCAGACCCAAAAAAGUGAAACGGGCGAGAAACUAAAAUUUAUUGAUGAAGAAAACAACGAAGAAGCUAUAGCCGGUCCAUCCAGAAAGCUACCAAACGCUGCGUAUAUUACAGAUUCUAUGAUACGAAGUUGCAGCGUCGGAUACUUAGAUUUAGUUGAUGCGCAAUUAGUUCCUAGCGAUGUAACAUUACAAAUGUUACGAAAAGAUGCUCCUAAACGGUUAGUGUUAGUCAAUCAAAAAACUAAGCAAAGGAAACAUUCCAAAAAACUGAUUCAAGAUCACAGAAACAUCGUGUAUAAGUCAUCGCGCUUAAAAAACUGUGGCAAAUCCAAGAGUUUAGAUUCAACAGAUAUUUUUCCAUCUUGCGAAGCGCAAAACAUACGUAAUUUAAAAAAUCACCUUGAGGAACCAAUACCGGAAGUAGAAAAUAAAAGCAGUGAUGAAAAGUCGUCCAGUCCAUCUCCGCCAACAAGUAAAUCUACCAUUGAGGCCUUAUCAUCAUCCGGUAAACGAGACUCUAAAUUAAAUUUUUUUGUUAAUAAAUCACCCUUAAUUAAGCGAAAAAAAUCGGAUAGUGAUAUAGUGAGUGAAAAAGUUUCUAAAAAUAGAAGUAGGACUAAACAAAAAACUCCCAUCUGUCCUCGAAAAGAAAUAAGUAUUAAUUCAUCGUCCAAUACCGAACCGAACACUCCAAAAAGUACCCCUAUCCACACUCACGCUUUAUCCACGUUAGAAAAUUUUAUAACCAAACUAAGAGAUGAUAAUAGGACGCCCCCACCCUCACCCCGCUUACCGAGAAGUUCUCCUUCAUCGCCAGCACCAAGCAAAAAAGGUAAACGACCGCAAUCUGCUUCGCCCAUUCGGAAACACUUACUGGCGUCGCCGUUAUUAGGGAGGAAGAAUAGAAAAAAUAAAGCCCAGGAGAGCUCCGAUGAUGAAGUAAAUGCUUCCGGAGACGAAGUGUUUAAUGGUACAAAUUACCGUGAUCUAGAGACGUUUCAAAAAGCUCAACUGCGACAGAAGUUACAGUUGAAGCGCGGAAAAAUAGAACCGAAUGGUACCAACUGUAAUUCUUUUCCAUCUGUCCAAAGACGCGAAUUUGUAAUGCACAACAAAGCUCCAAUGUGGAACGAAAGUAGUCAGGUGUAUCAACUAGAUUUUGGUGGAAGGGUGACGCAGGAAUCUGCGAAAAAUUUUCAAAUUGAAUUUCGAGGCAAGCAAGUGAUGCAAUUUGGAAGAAUAGAUGGUAACGCAUACACUUUGGAUUUUCAAUAUCCAUUUUCGGCUCUUCAAGCAUUUGCAGUGGCCCUUGCAAACGUAACCCAAAGAUUAAAGUAGAUGAACAUAUCUUUUAUGCAAUGUCAACGAUCUGCCAAAUUUACAUAAAACGCUUAGUAAAAAACCAUCAUCAUAAUUUAAUAUAUGAGAGAUAUAUUUUAAAUUAAUUCAUAUAGAGGUAAUAACAUAAAUGGUAUGAAUUUAAUUUUUAUGUAAACAAAACAAAAAAUUCCAUCCACCGCAAUAACUUUGAAAACCAAAGUAUUAUUGUAUAAUUUUAAGUGAAGAAUACAGCUUAAUAAUGAAUUAAAUGUAUUGUAUCGCCCACUGCUUUAA